AUGGAUUUCACAAGAGACGGUACUUACAAACCAAUUCCUUUUAUCCAUAAUAUUAAACUUUCUAUGUACAAUGGCUUUGAGACCUGUCCCGUGUACUCUAACUUUUCUCAGGCUUUUGACAAGGUUCAUCGUCCCUCUUUGGUAAAGAAGCUUGGAGAUUUUGGUGUACAAGGCAACUUACUCUGUUUGUUGCAAAGUUACCAAAAAAGCGCAGCUGAGACAAGACGGAGCGGCGCGGUGCACAAAGCAUUGUUUGAAGGUCGUCGGUGCGGUGCCGUGGAGUUUAUCGGCGAGCGCGGCGCGGCGUUGGAAAUUGCACGUGCGGGCCGUACGAUCACGCAGCGUUGCUACGACGCGACGGAGGACGAGACAGAAAAUUUACUGCCAAAUUCUACUGAAACGAUGGGUGUACGAUUACCUUUAAUAAACUUACCAACGUCUGCUGGAAACUACUCAAUGUGGUUGGAAUUUAGAGACACGUUUGAUAGUUUAAUUCACAAGAAUAAGUCGAUUGGCUACAUUCAAAAGUUUCACUAUUUGCGUGCAUCACUUGAGGCUCCAGCAAAGGAGGUAAUUCAGUCAUUAGAAUUUAGCGCUCCAAAUUAUGAGAUCGCGUGGGACAUUUUGUGCAAAAGAUAUGACAACAAGCGUAUUUUGGUGCAGAAUCAUAUUACGGGGAUUUACGAUAUACAGCCCAUAAAAUAUGAAUCUUCUUCAAGUUUGAGAAAUUUAAUUGAUAACGUAGACAGGAACUUACGAGCCUUGGAAAAUUUGGGAGAACCUGUAAAAUUUUGGGACACUGCCCCAAUUGCUGACGUACAAAAGGCUGUAGAAGCGUCUUCAAAGGAAGGAAGUAAAACCUCUGUGGCGCUAUCGAGUAGAAAUUGUGGGACUCAAGGUCAGGUGUUACUUUCUACAGCGAUUGUCAAAAUAAAAGAUGUGAGUGGCAAUGUGCAUCAUUGCAAUGUUUUGUUAGAUUCAGCUUCAAUGAGCAAUUUUAUCACUGAAAAAAUGUGUGACAGACUUCAGUUAAAAACAAAAGAUGCGAAUGUGUGUGUGGUUGGGAUUGGUCAAAACACUGAAAAGAUUUCGAAACGGUGUGAAGUAGAAAUCAGUUCUCAGAAAGGUGAUUUCAAAAUUCCUAUCAGUUGUUUAAUCAUUCCGAAAAUUAGUGAUGAGAUUCCUUUGUGUGAAAUUGAGUUAGGACCAAUAAAUCUUCCAGGAAAUAUUUGUCUAGCAAACAGUGAAUUUCAUUUGCCUGAUGAAGUGGAUAUGUUAAUUGGUGCAGGUGUGUUCUGGAAACUCAUAAGAGUAGGAAGAAUCGAAUUAGGGGAAAACAAACCUGUCUUACAAAACACUUGGUUAGGAUGGGUAGUAGCGGGCUGUAUCAGUGGACAAGGAUCUCGAGUCAAAUCUAAGAAAACGGUGUGCAACCUAAGUAUCGGUACAGAGGUACAAGACCAACUGGCCAAGUUUUGGGAACUAGAAGAGCCAGGUGGAGGUCAAAUCGAGGGAAUGACACGGGAUGAAGUUGAUUGUGAAAAUUUGUUUGUGUCAACAACAAGACGUGAUCAGGAUGGUCGAUUUGUUGUUGCAAUCCCAUUGAAAAUGAGUAUUGAAAAGUUGGGAGAUUCUCGAGAGAUGGCAUUGAUGAGAUUUUACUCUUUGGAGAGGAAAUUUGCCAGGGACAAGCAACUACAUGUAGAUUAUUGUGAAUACAUGAGAGAGUAUGAACAAGUAGGUCACAUGACUCAAGUAAGUGAGGACAUCACGAAUGAAAGGUGUUAUUACUUACCACAUCAUGCUGUGAAAAAUGAAGGAAGUUCUACAACAAGGUUAAGGGUUGUGUAUGACGGCUCUGCACAAUCAGACUCGGGUGUGUCACUUAACGAUUUGCAAUUUUCGGGGCCAAGAAAUCAAGAGGAUAUCAUUUCAAUUUUGUUGAGGUUUAGACAACAUGAAGUAGCAUUCUGCGCAGAUAUCGCCAAAAUGUACCGACAAGUAUGGGUUAGGGAAGAUCAACGCCAUUUACAAAGGAUACUGUGGAGAGAAAAUCCAGCAGAAGAAGUCAAGGUCUACAAUUUAAACACGGUGACGUUUGGAUUAACCUCAAGUCCAUUUUUAGCGGUAAGGUGUUUGCAAGAACUGGCAAAAAAUUGCGAACAAACGCAGAUUUCAAAGGUAAUUGGCAAGGACUUCUACGUUGACGAUUUGAUAUCCGGGGCCUCGUCGAUUCAAGAGGCACUUCAGAUAUGUAAGGGUGUUUGUGAGGUUUUAAAAUCUGGUGGGUUUGAGCUCAGAAAGUUCAGUUCGAACAAGAAAGAGUUCUUGGAACAAUUUGGAGUAAGGCCCAAGGCAGAAUUACAAACUCUUAAUCUAGGAGAGCAUCAACACAAAACUUUGGGAUUGUAUUGGGACUGUCAGGCAGAUGUCUUUACCUACAGGGACGAUGAAGUACCGACCAAUAUUGCCCAAGAGUGGAAACAAUUUAAGCAAGAAAUGGUGAAAUUAAACAUGCUGCAUAUUCCAAGACAUGUAGGUAGCAACAAUUCAGAGGACAUCGAACUUCAUGGAUUUUGUGAUGCUGCACAAGAAGCGUUUGGAGCAUGUGUCUAUGUCAGAAUUGUCACGAAGGAUGGAAGUGUAGUCGUUCGCUUAUUGUGUGCAAAAAGUAAAGUUGCCCCGAUAAAGGCACUAACUAUACCGAAAUUGGAAUUGUCAGGUGCAUUAUUACUUUCAAGGUUGAUAAAAGAAGUACAAACUUCCAUGACGUUAAAUUUCAGGAAACUGUUUUUGUGGAGCGAUUCUACAGUAACAUUAAGUUGGAUAAAAUCACCAGCAAAUCAAUUGCAAGCGUUUGUCGCAAAUAGAGUAUCUCAAAUUCAGUCUAUGACGGAUCAAGACAAUUGGCAUUAUGUGCGGUCAGAAGAAAACCCCGCAGACUUAGUAUCUCGGGGACUUUUUCCUUCCAAGUUGUGUGGAAAUAAAUUGUGGUUUGAAGGUCCACAAUGGUUGUCACAAGAUUUCUUUCCAAAUCAGGGUGUUAAUGUAUCUUUAGAGGAACUUCCAGAAAGGAGGAAAAAAUUGGAUAGUCACGAAUCAAAGAAUUUGACAGUGAAGGAACUCCAAGAGUAUGAAAAAAUGUUAAUAAAGUUAUCACAAGAUGAAUGUUUCGAAAAUGAGCAGAAAAUCUUGGAGACCGACGUCGACGGCUUAAUCAGAGUAGGCGGAAGACUAGCGCUUUCAGAAUUUAAAUAUGACAAAAAAUUCCCAAUUGUGUUAGACCCAAAACAUCCAUGUACAAAAUUGAUUGUUAAGGCAGAGCAUUUGAGACUACUGCAUGCAGGCCCUCAAUUAGUGCUCAGUUCAUUAAGGGAAAUUUAUUGGCCACUAAAGGGCAGAAAUGUUGUGAGAAAGGUGGUGCAUGAAUGUGUUGUGUAUUCGAAGGUUCAACCUAGGUCCUUUGAAAUACAGAUGGGAAACCUACCUAAGUCACGAGUGAUUCCACAAUUUCCAUUCAAUACCACAGGGGUUGAUUAUACAGGGCCGUUCAAUUUUAAAAUAGCUUUGGGACGGGGCACGCGAAAUUCGUGUCUAGGAGGGGCAAACCAGAAAAAAUGUUUUCAGACAAUGGCAAAAAUUUUGUGGGUGCUCAGACAGAACUGA